AUGGCCGCCGGUACCGACAUCAUCCCGCACCCCAUCGCGGCCGGCCUGCGUGCAGCAGCUUGGGUCGCCGUGCAUUCUCRUCUCUUCCAGGUCCAUCGUCUGAGGUCAGUGGAUAAUUUAUUUGUUGUUGUUCAGGAGUUCAAAUACUAUCAAUUUAAAGAAAAUAAGGAAGAUGCUCUAAAGGACUUGGAAGAUUUGGUUAAAAAGCUGUGCUGGACUGAUCCAUUGAAAGUUUGGGAGUUGAACAACAGCUUGAAAAAGAAAAAGACAAAACGCAAAAAACACAAUCUGCAGGGUACUGCAAGCAGAGAGAGGAUGAAUGAUGGUGGAGAAGAGGGUGGAGCAGACCAAAGUAACACUAAUGACCAGGAGGACUGUGCCCAAAACCUUGAGGCUGUGGCUGGUGGGCAGAAURCAGAGAAGCCCCAAGGAGUGGCAUCCAGAGAUGGGCUGGAGGAGGAGGCAGAUGAUGAGCAAUCAGAUGUGAAAGGUGAAGUGCAGGCAGGUUCUGAGAGUGGCACCAAGGCUGGUGAUGGUCAGACCAGGGAAGGAGAGCCCAAGGUGCUGAGGUUCCGAGUGACGUGCAACAGRGCUGGAGACAAGCACAGCUUCACAUCGAAUGAGGCUGCCAGAGACUUCGGCGGAGCUGUGCAGGAGCACUUCCAGUGGAAAGCUGACAUGACYAAUUUUGAUGUGGAGGUUCUUUUGAACAUUCACAACAAUGAAGUYGUGGUGGGGAUUGCAUUAACUGAAGAGAGUCUCCACAGACGAAAUAUCACACACUUUGGACCCACAACGCUGCGUUCCACUCUGGCGUACGGCAUGCUCAGACUCUGUGAUCCCCAGCCCACAGAUAUCAUAGUUGAUCCCAUGUGUGGUACGGGUGCCAUACCAAUAGAGGGAGCUACAGAAUGGCCCUACUGCUACCACAUUGCAGGGGAUAACAGCCCUCAGGCAGUGAAGAGGGCAGCAAACAACAUCUGCUCCUUACUGAGGAAAAACGAGAGUAAGGACAGCAGCAGCGCCCUGGGCGUUCCCUUGGACAUCAUCCAGUGGGAUAUCUGUAACCUGCCCCUGCGGACUGGCUCUGUGGACAUUGUGGUGACAGACAUGCCCUUUGGCAAGAGGAUGGGGUCCAAGAAGAAGAACUGGGAUCUGUACCCAGCKUGCCUGAUGGAGAUGGGCCGGAUCUGCACCCCGGGGACAGGCAGGGCUGUGCUGCUUACCCAGGACAAGAAAUGCUUUGCCAAGGCCUUAUCRCGCGUGGGACAUAUCUGGCGCAGAGCUCAGACGGUGUGGGUGAACGUGGGGGGACUCCACGCUGCGGUGUAUCUGCUGAGGCGCACCUGGGAGAGAGCAGAGGAGAGGAGCUCCUUCUGGUAAACUGUGGGGAACAAGACA